UGGCUGGUGCCGAUGGGGGCAGGGGACCUGCCGGCCACAGCCCUUUGCAGUUGAUGUUGCCGUAUCUCUAGGACCCAGAUCCGGCUCUUCCCCAUCGCUUUUCUUUCCCCCACCUCUUCUCUGUGUGUGUGUGUGUGUGUGUGUGUGUGAGCGUGCAGGAUCCUCCUGGUUACCGCUGUUGUUAUUCCCCCUCAGCAGGGAGACCCCAGCCAUGGCUGAGAGGAAGCAGAACGGGCGGCAGGGCGAGGAAGAAGAAGUGCCGGCCUUCUUCAAAAACCUGGGCUCGGGCAGUCCCAAGCCCCGGCAGAAAUUCUGUGGCAUGUUCUGCCCUGUGGAAGGCUCCCUGGAGAACAAGACCAUCGACUUCGACUCGCUCUCGGUGGGCCGCGGAUGUAACAAAGUGGUGGCAAAGCAGAAGGACGUUGCCCACCUGGGUCCGGAUGCUCCGUCCGUCUAUUCCAAGCAGAGCGGGAAGGGAAGGGAACCAUCUGUUGAAUUCGGGAGAAAGGUGGAGAUCAGGAGUGCCACGGGGAAGGAGGCGCUGCAGAACCUGAAUGACAAGAGCGAUCGUCUUUUGAUCAAAGGUGGUAAAAUAGUUAAUGACGACCAGUCCUUCUAUGCAGACAUUUACAUGGAGGAUGGGUUGAUAAAGCAAAUAGGGGAGAACCUGAUCGUGCCAGGGGGAGUGAAAACCAUCGAGGCCCACGGCAGGAUGGUGAUUCCCGGCGGGAUCGACGUCCACACCCGGUUCCAGAUGCCAGAGCAGGGGAUGACAUCUGCUGAUGAUUUCUUCCAAGGGACCAAGGCUGCGUUGGCUGGGGGCACCACCAUGAUCAUUGACCACGUGGUUCCCGAGCCUGGGACCAGUUUGCUGACGGCGUUUGACCAGUGGCGAGAGUGGGCAGACAGCAAAUCCUGCUGUGACUAUUCCCUGCACGUGGACAUCACUGAAUGGCACAAAGGUGUCCAGGAGGAGAUGGAAGCUCUGGUUAAAGAUCAUGGUGUGAAUUCCUUCUUGGUGUACAUGGCUUUCAAAGAUCGCUUUCAGCUCAGUGAUUCUCAGAUUUACGAGGUCCUGAGCGUGAUCCGGGACAUCGGUGCCACAGCCCAAGUGCACGCUGAGAACGGUGACAUCAUUGCUGAGGAGCAGCAAAGGAUCCUGGAGCUGGGGAUCACAGGCCCUGAAGGGCAUGUGUUGAGCAGACCUGAAGAGGUGGAGGCAGAGGCUGUGAACCGGGCAAUAACCAUUGCCAACCAGACCAACUGCCCCCUGUACAUCACCAAGGUGAUGAGCAAAAGUGCUGCUGAUGUCAUUGCUCAAGCCAGGAAAAAGGGCACCGUGGUGUAUGGGGAGCCCAUCACAGCCAGCCUGGGCACCGAUGGAUCCCAUUACUGGAGCAAGAACUGGGCAAAGGCAGCAGCUUUUGUUACAUCCCCACCGCUGAGUCCUGACCCCACCACUCCUGAUUUUCUCAACUCCCUGCUGUCCUGUGGAGAUCUCCAAGUGACUGGCAGCGCCCACUGCACCUUCAACACUGCUCAGAAAGCUGUUGGGAAGGACAACUUCACCCUGAUCCCUGAAGGAACCAAUGGCACCGAGGAGAGGAUGUCCAUCAUUUGGGAUAAGGCUGUGGUGACUGGCAAGAUGGAUGAGAACCAGUUUGUGGCUGUGACCAGCACAAAUGCAGCCAAAAUCUUCAACCUGUACCCGCGGAAGGGCCGCAUCGCCGUGGGCUCCGACGCCGACCUGGUGAUCUGGGAUCCUGACAGCGUCAAGACAAUCUCUGCCAAGACUCACAACAUAUCUCUGGAGUACAAUAUCUUCGAGGGCAUGGAGUGCCGUGGCUCUCCCCUGGUGGUGAUCAGCCAGGGCAAGAUCGUGCUGGAGGAUGGGAAUCUGCACGUCACCGAGGGCUCUGGGAGGUACAUCCCCAGGAAACCCUUCCCUGACUUCGUUUACAAGCGCAUCAAAGCCCGGAGCAGGCUGGCUGAACUGCGGGGUGUGCCGCGAGGUCUCUACGAUGGCCCGGUCUGCGAGGUGUCGGUGACACCCAAAACAGUCACACCAGCGUCCUCAGCCAAGACCUCUCCUGCCAAACAGCAGGCACCCCCCGUGAGGAACCUGCACCAGUCUGGGUUCAGCUUGUCUGGGGCACAGAUCGAUGACAACAUCCCACGCCGCACGACCCAGCGCAUCGUGGCCCCGCCGGGCGGCCGUGCCAACAUCACCAGCUUGGGCUAAGGACGGAGCCCUCCUGUGCCCGCCGGGUACACCUGGGGGGACCGGGGCACCUGGAGACCCUUCUUGAUUCUUUUAGAGCCUGUGACAGUUACUGCGGGCACCCAGUGUGGGCGGGGGCUGAAGUAAAAGCACCUCUCUCAGUCCCCUCAGGUUCCCUCCUCAUCUUCACCAACCCCUCGCACUUCCCCCCCCUCAGCCCCUUACACAUUUAAAGAAAUAAACCCUGUUUUGACACCUCUGACAUGAAAGAGUAAAUGUAAAGAGGGUAUUUGAGAUAUGUGGUCUCUGUCCUAUUCAGCAUCUUUCUUUUAAUAAAGGAAGGAUAAAGUGAAUUUCCCGGGAGCUGCCUUUAAGACAAACAAAAAAAAAAAAAAAAAAAAAAAAAAGAAAACUAAAUGUAUAAGAAAAGCUUUUUUUUUUAUGUCAAGCAGAAGAGUAGUUUAAGGGUUUUCAACUGGAUAUUCUGUAGGGUUCUGUGUUCCAGUAGAAUUAGCUAGGCAAGCAUGGAGGGACAGGAAUCUCAGCCUGCCUGUGGCCACUCACCACCAGCUCUGAGGUCACUAGAUGCUUCCAGGAUAGAGAAACAGGACCCAGCAGUAGGAAUGACAGAGAACAUCACCCCAGCCACUGGGUGAGCCAGAAUCCUUGGGGACUUCGUUCUCUUGACUUGGUUUUUCCUUGGUUUCUUUUUUCUUCUGGAUUUUGCUGCAAAUUAAGUCCUUGAGGAAACUUUUUUUUUUUUAAUGUUUGUGUGUGUGUUUUUAAUACGUUUGUAUCAUUGUGUUUACGAAGCCUUAUCUGAGAACUGGGAACCUCCCUGUUCUUCCCGAACCUCAUCCAAGUCACAGACUCCCGCCAGUGUCACUGCCACUGCCACCCUGGUACUUCAGGUGUCCCUUAGUUGCAUCUUCCAGCCAUUUCUUGUCACGUAGCUGCAGUAAGGGCUUGGAGCAGGUCCGUAGGAUCUUCAGUCCAUCAGGUCUUGAGCUGGUGCAAACAGAGCAGCCAGACACCACGUGAGCUGCUGGGAUGGAGUAUCUGGAAGAGUUUGUAGCAGUUAGUUUUUCUUCUGUCCCUGAAGGUGGGUAUGGACAGGCAGGGAGCUGUGGGCAAAGAGCAACGCGUUGCUUGAAAGGUUUCUGUAGCAGAAACCCCCUCCCUGGCCAUCGAGGAGAGGUUAUUUAAAGCUUUGAGGGCUUAUCCUCAGCUCUCGAAGGGCAGGCAGGGAGUGUGUGCUGAGCACCUGUGGCAAUUCCAGUCCAGGCCCAGCUGCUGUAACUGGGAGCUGGCUGGGUCCCCAGCAGCUGAGAAUCUCUUGUAUGAAUGUCCCAGCUGCCCAGCCCGGCAGGAAUCCUGCACAUGGCAAGGCCUGGCUGUUCCCCAGCCAGCCUCACGUGCCUGGGGCUUGGGGCACCAUCAGUGGUGCUUAAAGGGAUGGAGGAGCCCCAGCUUCAGGGCCAUCCCCUGGGAUUAAAGGUCUGCUAGUCUGGCAAUGGGGGCUGCUUGUUUUUGGGACAUGGAGGAUAAAGCUGCACCAUCAGAUCCCCACUUAGGCGUAGCUGGAGGGCUCAGCAGUCCCAAGGACUUGUCUUAGCACAGAGAGCUUUUAUUACCCCGGCCUUGCCUCCACUCUCUGCCUGCCCUGGCACUUGGCUGCAUCUUCUGCUCCCUCUUCUCAUUGUGCUUUGCCACAUCCAUCAACCUUGUUUUUCCAUAGCUGUAUUUUCUGAAAUGGUGUUUACAGGUUCUUUUAGGAAAAAAAAAACCCUAUAUAUAUAAAAAUAUAUAUAUAUGAAGGCUUUCAAGAAACAAGUACCAAAUUUGUUGUUGUGAAGUAUCAACGCUGGGAUUUGCAAAGUGUCUGGAAGCUACUUAGCCCCCCAAACCCUCCCAGCUGCAGCACCUCAAUUCUUUAGGCCCCUUUGAACAUAAAAGCUAAAACUUUGCUAUAUUCCUCCACGCAUUUUGCAUUUAGGUUCAACUCCUGGGUCUUUUAGUUUUGCAUAAAGAGUUUGCACUUUGUUUGUUAAGUAAUCCGUGAACUUAAUAUAUAUUGCAGCUAUUUUCAUUUCUUUUUUUUAAUUUUUAAUUUUUUUCUUUGUCACCUGUAUGUUAAAAUCAAUUUGAACGAGUUGGGGAGAAAAAAAAAAAGAAUUGUGGAUCCGUUUCAAUUCUACGAAACACUUGCGGCUCUUCAGUAUUCACUUAAGUCUUCCUUUUUUUUUUCCUUCACUGACUCAUGAUAACUUGUUAAGUUUUAAUUUGUUCUUGAAAAGGAAAGGAAAAAAAAAAAUCACAAAAAAAAAACCUUUGCAGGCUGUGUAAGCAUGUUUUUUCUGUGAGAGCUCGUCCGCUUUGUGUCUGUUUAAUGAAUGUCAUAUGUAAAUGCUUAAAAAAAAAAAAAAAAGACGAUGACUUAAUUAAUUAAUUAAUUAAUUAAUUAACCGCAGUGACUUGAAGCUCUAAAAAUAAUAAAAGAAAAAGUAGGAUUUAAUACUAGCUGGAUUUAACCCUUGGAUUUGUGAUUGUGAACCAUGAGUGGAGGAGCUGUAAGUGCUAAAGCUGAUCAUGUGUGUAGACAAAGAGGAGUACUGAUAUUUGACUAUUGUCUCAAUGGCAAAACACCCCCCCCACCCCAACCCCAAGUCUUGUGUUUUAUUCCUUAAGAACUCUGUGUUACAUUACCAUGGGAACUCCUAAUAAAGACAGAAUGUUGUUGUUUCA